UGAGGCUCAAGCAGCCCGGCGGCGCAAAGGCGAUCAGGUGGGCAGGGCGAUCAGGCGCAGAAGGCGUGACCAGAGGGCGAGACUGGGGCUUCCUCUGCUCUGGUAACCCAGAACCGUCAACUCAAAUGACCCUGUCUGUGUAGUACUGCGGCAGCAUGGGCCUCGGAGUGUAACGGCAUCAAAAAAGAGAGAGGGAGAGAGAGACAGACAGACAGACAAAGGAAUAAAAAACGUGAAAGUCUCAGCUGCACCGAUGCAGAACGUUUUUUAGCCAGAAGGCGAAAGAAGAAAUCGGAAGUGACGUCGCGGCCAAAACAAGCCCAGGCUUGGAGGCCUGUACUGAAGCUGGCAGCAGAUGGGAAGACUCUACUCGUUUUCUGCGGUCGUCGGUGGUCACAAGACCCUGCACUCUCAGCGGGUCGGCCUCCAACCCCUGUCCCCGAGAUCCGCUCGCCGCGGAUGAGCGAGUUUGUUCCUGGGACUUUUCGAGCACGGUUGGCCAUUGGCGACAGGACGGACUUCCUUUCCUACCAGUCUCCCCUCCAGCGGGCUCCUGUCUCGGGACACUGGAACACCUGUCGCCUAUUUUUAAAUAUUCAAAUUCCAGUUUGCAUAUCCAACACUGGAUACUGCCCUUAUAAAACCAAGAGGAAAUCAUGAAGAAAUGUUUUAAUUAUUGAAUCUACACAAUUGAAAUCAUGGCUACAUCAGCAAAUCUGGAUAUUGGAGCCCAGCUUAUAGUGGAAGAGUGUCCCAGCACUUACAGCCUGACUGGCAUGCCAGACAUUAAACUAGAACAUCCACUGGACCCAAAUUCAGAAGAAGGAUCAGCUCAGGGUGUUGCCAUGGGAAUGAAAUUCAUAUUGCCUAACCGAUUUGAUAUGAAUGUGUGUUCUCGAUUUGUGAAGUCCUUAAAUGAAGAAGACAGUAAAAAUAUUCAAGAUCAGGUUAACUCUGACCUGGAAGUGGCAUCUGUCCUAUUUAAAGCUGAAUGCAAUAUCCAUACAUCUCCUUCUCCGGGAAUUCAAGUAAGGCAUGUCUACACUCCCUCUACAACAAAACAUUUCUCACCCAUCAAACAGUCAACUACUUUAACCAACAAACACAGAGGAAACGAGGUCUCUACCACACCUCUGUUAGCAAAUUGUAAGUAUUUGCCACUGAUGUGUUACUGUAUUCUUUUUCUUAAUAUAAUACUUAUAGAAAAUGUUAUCAAUCACACGGAUGAAGAAGGAUUUACUCCUCUGAUGUGGGCUGCAGCACACGGGCAAAUAGCUGUGGUAGAGUUCCUACUUCAGAAUGGUGCUGAUCCCCAACUUUUAGGAAAAGGUCGAGAAAGUGCACUGUCAUUGGCCUGUAGUAAAGGCUACACGGAUAUUGUCAAAAUGCUGCUUGAUUGUGGAGUUGAUGUAAAUGAAUAUGAUUGGAAUGGAGGAACACCUCUGCUUUAUGCUGUACAUGGAAAUCAUGUGAAAUGUGUAAAGAUGCUCUUAGAAAAUGGGGCUGAUCCAACAAUUGAAACUGACUCUGGAUAUAAUUCUAUGGAUCUAGCUGUAGCCUUGGGCUAUAGAAGUGUUCAACAGGUUAUUGAGUCACAUUUGUUAAAGCUGCUUCAAAAUAUCAAGGAGUAGACACGGUCGUCAGAAAACGUCUGCCUUUUUGUUUACUUCUUGGUUCUUACAAAUGAUAGUUUUGUUUACUUAUAAAUUUUUACUUCAGUUGCAAUAUUUACUGGUUUUUAGUAGGUUUUAAUAAAUAUUUCUCUGAGUAAUUCACUGGUUUAUAAUAAAUUUAAUGUUAAUAUCCUUUUUAUAAUAUGUUUUACUAUGUAUUUAAAAUUAUAAAUUAAUGUUUCAUGGCAUGUAAAUUUUUAUGGUACAGAUAGUUAUCAUCGGUCUUUGUAUCAAGUGCUGUAAUUUGACAUUUUCAGAAAUUAUUCCACCCUAGUCAUCUUCACUCAUGUAUUGUCAUUAACUUUAUAUAGGGUUUGCUAUAAAUCCCUAGAAAAAAAAAUUUGUUAUUGUUGAAUUAAAAAGUGCACAGUGUGGUUGUUUACAAAAUGAUAUUAUAAAUAAAAUACUUUUUCGUCA